AUGGGCUGGCUAUGGAAUUCAGGUCCUACAAAGGAUACACCAAAAGAGACACUCCCCACAACCAGUGUCCCCGAAUCAACACCUCAGAUUGCAGCACCGCCCAAGCAAAUGUCCCCGGACGAACAAGCCGAUCUUGAAUUCAAGCAAAUCCUCGCUGAGCUUCAACAAGCCGAUGCUGAGCUCUCCGGCAACCAAAGGCAAGGUCCAGAAUCAUUCAAUGGUUCUACUACUGCACCAGCCAAUCCCGACACCGGCGCACCCCUAGCACAGCCCGCCUCCUCCAUCGCCCCAGAAUCCCUCUACGCAGACAGCAUGUCCUGCCGAACAACAUUCGAUUACGCCUUCUUCUGUCAAUCUUUUGGUGGCCAAUUCGUCAAUGUCUAUCGCUAUGGAGAGCUCCGGUCCUGUAGCGAGCACUGGGAUAAUUUCUGGCUGUGCAUGAAGACCCGCGGAUGGUCGGAUGACUUGCGGAGGAAAGCCAUCCGCGCACAUAACCAGAAGAAGGCUAUCAAAUACAAGACUGGACCCAGUAGCGAGGAUGUCUGGGAUGUUCGACUUGAACCCGCGAAGGACUCCUUCAAGGGCGAUUUUGCGGCCCUUGAGAAGGAGAUGAAGGCCGAGGAGGAGACGAAACAAAACGCUACCUCUUGA